AUGGAUGGUCUGCUGACUGCGAUCAAGUCAGUUCAAAGGGAUGCUGGGCCUUCGUUGGUAGCAGUUGGAACAAACAAUGCUUGCAAGGACGAGCCUAUCAAACCUGCUGCGGAUCUGAGCCAAGACAUACCACCGGAGCAAGUAAUUCAGAUACUCAAAUCUCAACCGAACAGCGAAGAGCUCAUCGUGAUACUUGCCGCUUUGGAUCCUUACGACAAAUCACGCAAAGUGUCUCAAAUCGAUGUCCGUAUUCCAGGUCCAAUCACGGCUCAGAUUCUUCAAAUCCUGGUCAGCACCACAGUACCCGAUCAUUGGCAGCUUCUGAACGCGAAAGGCAGCAAAUCAAGUCAUGGAAAAGGCCGAGCUGCGCUACUUCGUUGCUUCAACAGUAUAGCUGGAGUGGGAUCCCUUCUUGCUGAGCUUCGCGCCCUCCUCUCCGGCUCGUCCGUGCAAAGUCAAAAUGACAAAAACGCGAAAACUUCUCCCAGAACGCUAGAUAUCCUGUCUGUUCUAUCUGCUCUGCUUGAGCCACACGAGUUCAUUCAAAGGAUAUUCAUCGAUAUUUCGUCCAUUUAUGGCGCUCGCACCCGGCAGCAAGCAGCGUGGAGAGAAUUCGUGUCGUUGAUAGCGGCCGGCAAAAUCCUUUCAACUGUAGCAGAAGCUCUCUCAAUUGUCAACUUACCUGAGUCCAUGUCGAGCUGCUCCUGGGUUGGUGAAGGUCCCCGCUAUGCAUCAUGGCUGGGCUCAAAUAUUGCGAUUUUAGCCUCAGGUCUGAGUAUUGAUGACGCCGACAGCUGGACUUCGCUAGCUCUUCUUACCAGUCGAUCGCUGAGUCUCGGAUAUUCCGAUCAUGUUGUUCGUGAGAUCUAUAGCAGACUGCUUGUAGAGAAUUCCUCUCCGCAAAGUCUUGGCUUACUGAUUGAUUGCUUAAGACCGUUGGAGCAAGUCGCAGUAGUGGAAGCUAUCUUCCGCGAUAUCCAGAAGAAGUUUUUCUCAGAAGACCCUUCUGAGUCAGGUGCAAUGUCUGACUUGACAUCCCCAAUUAUUGCCAGUGUAGCAGCACUCUGCAAGUUGCUUGUGAUGGAUCGUCCUUUCCUCCGGGAGCAAAUAAUGAACUGGCUUUCAAAAGGACAAGGUGGCUCAAUUUACACUGUCGGCCUUCGCCGGGCUAUUCUUUCGACAUUUAACGAUUGCGCGGGCACGCUUCAAUCUUUGCUUUCUCGUGGCCUGGAACAAUUUGGCGAUCGGUUCUCAAUCAAGCACCUCCCUGUCGUUGUUCAGAAUGCACAGGCACAGAUAAUUCUGCUUGCGGGGGGACAAUUGAAUCGGCUGGAUUCGCCGAGCGUUCAGGCGAUUGGGCGUACGAGUGGCUAUCUGAACGCAGUAUCAAAUCGAUUAGCAGCCUCCUCGACUCAGGCUCGUUUCCUUGGAAUGAUAGUGGGAACAGGGAUAUCCCAGCUCAUUGAGAAGCCUGGAAAUUCCAUGAAGUUUGAUUUGGACGAGAUGCGGAGCGACGAGGCCAUGUCUUAUCUGGGCCUGACAAAGGUCCAGGACGCGGUUGGAUCUGUUGAAUCAAUUCAAGAAUUGAGACACGAGAGCUCAACGACAAAGCAAAGAACUCGAGAAGCUCGGACAUCUAAAGAAGCUGGGUCACAGCCAAAUCGGAUUCAACCGCAAACGAGCAAGAUUGUGACCAUCGAAGAAAUUGACGACAGUGGAGAAGACAUUGGCAGCGACGGUGACUUGCUUCCCUACGAGAAGCCAGACGAUGACAUGGAGGAUGAUGAUGACGAUCCAACGCUGGUCCAACGUAACAAGCCUAGCGCACCUGUGUACAUCCGAGAUCUCAUUACGUUCCUACGUGAUACUGAUAAUGUGGAACGUUACCAUCUGGCCAUUACAUCUGCACCGUCAUUAAUCCGGCGGAAGGCAGGAUUUGGAACCGAGCUUGCCGAACAAGUGGAGGAGCUGGCGUUGACGCUGGUCAGCCUGCAAAAUGACAAGGACCAUUCGUCCUUCCACGAGUCACGUCUCCAAAGCAUGAUAGCUCUCAUCGUGUCACAGCCGGUGAAAAUGGGUCGCUGGUUCGCUGCAAUCUUCUUUGACGGUGACCUAUCUCAAGUUCAGCGCUCAGCAAUACUGACAGCAUUGGGGCUUGGCGCACGAGAGAUCGCUGGCAAUGGCGAAGACGAUGCCAAAGCCCUGAAGCUCCCGAGCUUGGGCGAUACAUCGUUCCCAUCAAAGCGUUUAUCACCGGCCUCGGAGGCCGUUUUCAUGGACACUAGUCGGUCCCCUAUCGCUACUCUCACGCAAGAGAUGGCAAAGACAUCUUUGCAACCGCUGGCAGCCGAUGCUGCUGACCGCGUGACCGGUCCGAAUGCACUCAAGGUUCGCACAUUUUCCUCCCGUAUGGAGGUCGAGAAGAAGCGACAAGAGCGUGAGGCCCAGCGCCAGAAGAGCGUCGUGAAGGAUCUGCACACUGUCCUUGCUCAGGGCUUCUUUUUCCCUCUUCAAGCUCGGUUUGAGCGCAUGAUGCUCCAAUUUGCUUCAUCCUCGGCUCCGUCGCACAAUCCCUUUAUGGUACCGCACAUUCUCACGCUCUUCCUUCAGACGCUUUCCUUGAUUUUCUCCACUGCUGGUCCACAUAAUCCGUUACUUGCGGCUUUCACGCACGAGACUUUGUCGUUGCUGAUUUCGCUACACACGGCUCCGGUAGCCAGCGAACCCACGGUGACCGCGGCGUUGCUCAGUCUUUUCCUGGCUGUCGUGGACGUGAAUGUGGCGUUUGGCUCAACUGGCGAAGAACGCCUAGUCACUGAGCAGGCCACACGAGUGAUGGAACUACGCGAGUGGGCAUCUGAAGUCUUUGAUCGUACACCCGCAGGUAGGGUCAAAGCAGAUUCUGGUACCUUUACCGAUCCCCAAGAGCAGAUGCGAACAUUAUCUGCGGGAGUGAUGGUGCGUCUAGGUGAGGUCAUCGAGCGAUAUCAAGGACGAUUGAUGGGCGUGAAUGCCGGGUUCAAGUACUAA